AUGUAUGACCUCAAAGAGUAUACUGUGGGCUGGAUCUGUGCUCUACCUACGGAGUACAUCGCCGCCCAGGAGUUUCUUGACGACGAGCAUGAUCCGCCGGAGUUCUUGCCAGUUCACAGCAAAAACCAUUAUUCCCUAGGGCGGAUGGGAAAGCAUAAUGUGGCUAUUGCAACGUUGCCACUAGGAGAGCAACCUCUCCAGUGCCAUGCCCCUUCCACAAAAAUGAUCAGCUCAACGUACCUGCCAGGCCAUCCCCGGAUCAAACUUGGCGAUGAAAAAGGGUUGUUUGAAUUCAUUCGCCGCGAAGUCUGGUCAGAGGACCUCGAGUCGAUAUCGGGCAGACUUUGGUGGAUGUCAAAGCAGGAUAGCAGAAAUAUCUCUUCGUUGCACCGACAACGAGUGAAGGGCCGACAGAUCAUCGUCACCGAAGAUCCUCGGCUACAUCUCGUCUGGAUCGACAACCGAAUCUUCCUUAAACCCCUUCCCCAAUACAUCACGUCCUUCGUAUUCUGGGAUAUGUUCAUGAGUGAUCCGUCUAAACAUGAUCCGGCUCUCUGCCUGGUUCCUAAAGAGGUGACGUGGCAUCGAUUUUGCCAGUUCACCGCCCGUUUGAUCGACAUCACGGAAAACGAAGUUUCGGGACGAUAUCAUUACGGAGAGAUCCGAUUGACCCGGCUGAACUAUUACGCGCCCAUGCUCCUGGGCAAAAGCCACUACCAACGUGAGAAUUAUCAGUAUCGAGCGUAUUUUGCUCGGAUUCAAGGUCCCUUGAUAUCUGCAUUUGCGUUUUUCUCGAUCGCUCUGAAUUGUAUGCAGGUUAGCCUCGCAGCCUCUACAUCCGAUGAGAGAUAUUCGAGUGCUUUGUUAUUUGCAGCUUGCUACUGGCUCAGCACUUUGAUCGGAUUUGUAACUGGUGUCCUUAUGCUGAUGUUAGUACUCCUUUUCCUUUUUAAAGUGAUCAAAGAGUGGAGGUUUGCGAUAGCCCAUCGGCUACGGUGGAGAAAAAAUCACAGCAAAGACCAGAGGGCCAUGUGUAACGACGAACUUGAGUAG